CUUUCUUUUUUUAAAGGUCAGAGGUCGUGGUGAAGAAAGUGAGGCGUUGGUUCAAAGCCCAGCUCUUCCUUCAACUGUGUCCAAUCAGGACUGUCAGUUGCAGUUCUCUCUGUAUCUGUGCGGGGAUUUCAAUGGAACAGUGCUCCUGUCAGUGGUGGAGAACGGAAUGUCAGCUUCUCCACUGAUUUGGGAGAGAUCUGGACACUGGAAGGACGCUUGGCAAGAGAUCUCUCUGCCGAUUACAGGGAUCUUAAAAGGCUUCCAUCUUAAAGUGCAGGCCUUCUGGACUUCUGGAUCUAAAGCUAACAUUGCACUGGAUGACAUUUCAUUAAGUGCAGCAUGUUUUGACACAGAACUAAAUAAACUGCUUCUUGGACAAGGACUACUGCAUGAUUUAGACUCCUUCAGCCCUCUCCCAGAACCCUCAGCUUCAGAGGCUUCCCUAAUGACAUGGUGGUUUACCUCCUGUGGAGCAAGUGGACCUCUAGGCCCAACUCAAGCCCAGUGCGACAGUGCCUACCGCAACAGCAACGUCAGUGUGGUGGUGGGGAAAGAGGGCCAUCUCAGAGGUGUUCAGAUGUGGAGGGUUCCAGCUACCAAUAUGUACAAGUAA